UCAGCUUCACACAAGUUUUUGUGAACCAAAAUUUUGACAACCAUGCUCUUUUUUUGUACAGAUAAGUCUUUUUCUUUUUUUUUUUUUAUUUUCUCUCUUGCAAAUAUCUUUUUUGUGCUUUAAAAAAAUUCAAGUCAAUCCAUUUUCUUCUUGAUUUUUGUUGAAGUUUUGUGGUACGUUUAAAUUGUCUCUCCAGUCUUUAUUAUGGUACUGAAAUGCUCCGAUCCUUGUCUCGUUUUUUGGUCGCAGUUGUCCCAGAAUCUUACAAAAAAACUAUCUGGUUGGAAGUAAAUUAAUACAAUAAAAUACCUUCCUUCAACUUGUCUGCAUCUGUAACUAUAUAUAUAUAUAUAUUACUACGAUUUUUUUUUUCUGGUGGUAAUUCAUUUCUGAUAAUGUAUUGAACCAUUUCUACAUGUAGUUUUCUUUGUAUGAAUACACCUGGAAAUGGGUUCCACAAAGUUUGGAUUUUUUUCUAAAUUUUUUGUAUAUACACUCUUUGUGGUUAGUUCUUAGUAGGGUUGAAGAUAAAAGAAAGCAAGUUUUUCAAGGAUUGCAAAAGAGUGUUCUUUGCCAUGGAUGCAAAUUCAUUGAACAGGCCUUUUCUUUUGAGUGAUGAAGUUGAGCCUGAUUAUCUCAAAAAGAAAUCAUCUUUUCUAAAAUCAUCUGUGAAAUUGACUUUAAAGAUUGUAAUGUGGGUGAUUUUCAUUGCAUGGGUUGGUCUUGUUUUUCUGUAUCCGGGAGAAAUUGGUAAUCAGUUGGUUGAGAAAAUAAUUAAUGUCACCAAUGGAUCUGUUUUUGGGCUUGCAGGAAGUUUAUUUUUGGUGUUCAGUGCUCCAAUUCUUCUUAUUGCUUUCCUUGCUGUUGCCUAUCUUAUAAUCUCUGGUGAAGAUGUGUUUCAAAAGAGGAAGACCUCGAAAAAUCCAAGGUUUCGAUUGUGGACUUUCCCUGUUUUGGUGGAUGGACCAUUUGGGGUUGUUUCUGCUGCUGAGUUUAUUGGGAUUAUCCUCUUUGUUGUGUUUAUUAUCUGGGCUGUGUAUGCUUACACUAUGCGGAACCUUAGCCUCAUGACUCUGUUUGACCUUCCUUCUACAGAAAAUGGCAUACUCAUAUUGGAACUGACGGGACUUCGGUUUGGAAUGAUUGGAUUACUCUGCUUAGCAUUUUUGUUCCUCCCAGUUGCAAGGGGUUCCCUUCUUCUUCGUCUUAUAGACAUCCCUUUUGAGCAUGCGACAAGAUAUCAUGUAUGGUUGGGACAUCUGACCAUGAUGCUCUUUACACUCCAUGGGCUAUUCUAUGUAAUUGCAUGGGCAAUAAGAGGAACCCUCGUGAAGGAAUUAUUGGAUUGGAAAAACGUUGGUAUUGCUAAUUUACCAGGAGUUAUCAGCCUUUUAGCUGGCUUGUUUAUGUGGGUUACAUCACUUCAUCCAGUGAGGAAGGACUACUUUGAGUUGUUCUUCUAUACACAUCAACUAUAUGUAGUCUUUGUUGUCUUCUUGGCGUUGCAUGUUGGUGAAUUUAUUUUUAGCAUAGUUGCUGGAGGAAUAUUUAUUUUCAUGCUUGAUCGCUUCCUGAGGUUCUGCCAAUCAAGAAGAACUGUGGAUGUACUUUCAGCCAAGUGCCUUCCAUGUGGAACAGUGGAAUUGGUACUCUCAAAACCUCAGAAUAUGCGGUACAAUGCACUCAGUUUUAUUUUUCUUCAAGUUCGAGAAUUAUCUUGGCUGCAGUGGCAUCCUUUCAGUGUUUCAUCUAGUCCUCUAGAUGGUAAAUAUCAUCUAUCUAUUCUCAUAAAGGUUCUUGGGGAAUGGACUGCAAAGCUGAGAGAAAAUAUCUUGAGUAUGUCUGAGGCAGAAGCCCAAAUGGAUCUUCCUCUUCCAACCAAAACCAUGAUAACAGCUUCUGUUGAGGGACCAUAUGGGCAUGAAUCACCAUACCACUUGAUGUAUGAGAACCUAAUUUUGGUUGCAGGUGGUAUUGGUAUUUCACCCUUCCUGGCUAUCCUAAGUGACAUCCUCCAUCGUGUUAAGGACGGGAAACCUUGCCUACCAAGAAGGAUUUUGGUUGUUUGGGCUGUUAAAAAGUCAGAUGAGCUUCCUCUUCUUUCAACUAUUGACAUGGAAUCAAUCUGUCCAUUUUAUUCUGACAAAGUAAAUCUUGAGAUCAAUAUUUAUGUCACUCGGGAAUCAGAACCUUCAUUGGAAGAAGGUAAGGUUCAUGUGGCUUUGAACUCUUCCUGCCCUGUCUCUGGCUGCAGCAUGUCUGCUUUGGUUGGUACCGGAAACAAUGUAUGGUCUGGCCUUUACCUUAUUAUAUCGACAGUAGGAUUUGUUAUUUUAAUGGCUUUGUUGCGGAUCUUCUACAUAAUGCCAUACCAAGUAUUUACCUGGUGGUACCAGGGUCUUCUUUACAUUGCAUGCAUGGUUGGAAGUGUUAUAAUCUUUGGGGGUCUUGUGGUUGUUUUAUGGCAACUUUGGGAGAAAAAUGUUUCUGAAACGGAUGAACAUGAGAAUAAUGACAGGAUAAAGGUCGAAUCUGCUCUGAGUAAUGAAACUAUUGCACACAAGGAUUUGACUCAGAAGAAUCUUGAGAGCUCAACCAUCAUUGAAUAUGGUUCCAGACCAGACUUCAAAAAAAUAUUUGGAUCCACAAGCAGGAAAUGGGGACAUGUUGAUGUUGGUGUAAUUGUUUGUGGUCCUCCAACUCUUCAGUCAAGUGUUGCCAAGGAAAUCAGAUUACACAACAUAAAAAGAGAAAGCCAUCAGUCAAUUUUCCAUUUCAACAGUCAUAGUUUUGAUCUAUAGAUCCCAAGAUUGUAAUAUCUUCAUCCUAAUAUAGCUAUUUCAAGGUAAAAAAAUCUGCCUCUGAACACUACUUGUAUAGUUAUAUGUAAUAUCAUGUAUAUAUAUGGACAUGGGGACAGACUGAUGCAUAUAAAUGUAUAUAACAUAUAGGGGAGAAAAAGGGAGAAGCAAAUCCAUGACUGAGAUGGUUAUAUUUUUAUGGUAAUGAAGUUUUAUUUGUAUAUUUUUAACAAGUUACCUGCAAUUCUUUUUCAGAUUUAUUAUGUAACCAAGAUUUUAUUUCCAUAUCUAGUGGAUAGUGACAAAAACUAAAAAUAUGGUUCCUGUUUGACACAUCGGCACAUGAAUUGUAAUACAUAAUUUUUAUGUUUUACGUAUAUUUGACACGAUACAAAUACAACAUAAAUAUAUGAAUUGACAAGACCCGGCUGUUGACAAACAAAUAUUUAGUAGCAAGUUUUUGAAAAUAAAAUUAUAUGCUUCAUCUGUAGCUUUCUGUAAGCAAAAGCUGGCAA